AGGAGAUUUGCCAUUUUCGAGGCGUGAUCUUCUUCCCGACAACACUCGAUUCGCUUGCGUGCAGAGGGGGAAAUACACAACAAUCUCUUUUCGUACAGGAAAAGCGCACAGGGUCAACACUGCCGUUUCCUUCCACGGGCGCCCUCUUCCAACUGAUCUCUUGUCUUUAUAUAAAUCCAUAUUAAGGACCCAGAGCAGUGACGGACUCUCGUUUUACCUUGUCCCAUUCGCCCCCCUCCACUCAGGACAGAUAUAUUCCACUUGUUUCUUGCCAGAAAAACAACAACAGUGCCAUCUCUCUGUACUCACGCGCUCCCUACACACACGCGCAAACACGAGGAUACACCAGACAACACACCUCUUUACCAAAUUGCGACAAUGGCCUCAUCCGGCGCCGAAACCGUGACAGCGGCGUCCAAGCGCAAGUCCACCGCCGCGCCCGCUGCAGAUGGCGCCGCCGCCGCCGGUAAGCUGAAGACCGACGCGGCGUCCGCCGAGAAAGACUUCUUCUGGACCUACACCGAGGAGCCGCACCGAACCCGCCGCCUUGCCAUCAUCAAGGCUCACCCCGAGGUCACAAAGCUCUGCGGGCCGGAGCCCCUGACAAAGUACGUCGUCGCCGGCGUCGUCGCGAUGCAAAUCUUUUGGGCCUGGUACCUCAGCGAGACGCCCUUCUUCUCCUGGAAGUUCUGGCUGGUCGGCUACAUCUUCGGCGCCACCGCCAACCAGAACCUUUUCCUCGCCAUCCACGAAAUUUCCCACAACCUCGCCUUCCGCUCCCCGCUUGCCAACCGCCUCUUUGCCAUUGUCGCCAACCUUCCCAUCGGCGUCCCCUACAGCGCCUCCUUCCGCCCCUAUCACCUCACCCACCACAAGUCCCUGGGUGUCGACGGCCUCGACACCGACCUUCCCACCGCAAUCGAGGUCGUCUUCUUUGACUCCAUCCUUGGCAAGGCCUUCUUCUGCACCUUCCAGAUCUUUUUCUACGCCAUCCGCCCGACCCUCAUCUACAGCGUCGCCUUCACCUGGGUCCACUACGUCAACAUCGCCGUCCAGCUCGCUUUCGACUUCGCUCUCUACUCCGCUUUUGGCUUCAACGCCAUCCUCUACCUCCUUCUCUCCUCCUUCCUCGCCGGCUCCCUGCACCCGGUCGCCGGCCACUUCAUCGCCGAGCACUAUGUCUAUGAGACCGUCCCCGCCGCUGCCCGCGACGCCGCCAACAAUAUCCCCGUACCCGAGACCUUCUCCUACUACGGGCCCCUUAACUUCCUUACCUACAACGUCGGCCUGCACAACGAGCACCACGAUUUUCCCGCCGUCCCCUGGACUCGCCUGCCCAAGCUGCGUGAGCUCGCCAAGGAGUUCUACGACGACCUGCCCCGCCAUGAGAGCUGGACCUAUGUCAUCUGGCGCUUCAUCCUCGACGAGAACGUUGGCAUGACCUCCCGCGUCAAGAGGAAGCAGGGCGGCCGCAUUGUUGGUGGCGGCGCAAAAUGGUCACGCGAGGAGAUUGAGGCUUGAGUUUAGAUACAGCCGUAAAUUUCUUAAGAAAACCCCCUUUUCAACUUAAUUAACAUUUUGUCACGAAAAAAAAACGCUGGGGCUGGUAGGAGAGAAAGAUGGAACAGCACCCGCAAGAAGAAUUGUUGUUCGUUUGCCUUUGGUUUCAUGAGUGGGCGUUGAUAAAAUGGCCUGUUGGUACGAGCACACGUCGGUACGAAGCUUUUGUGGCAAUGACGAACGAGAAUACUCACUAUACAUAGGCAUUGGACUGUGCUCAUUAGAAGGGUCUUGCUAAGAUACCCGCCUGCUAGAUAUCUGAGCAAAGGUGCUUCAAGACCUCAGUUCUUGAAAUGCCACCGGUCGAACACAGCUUUCGGUGAGGAGGAUGUCCGUUUCACUGCGAUAUGACCAAGGCAUAAGUGACAAACGAGGGGCAAAUGCAAACAUGUACUGGAAGCACUUGCUCAAAACCUAUCCCCAUCGUCAAAGCUUCUCUUUCAUGUCCUAUUCAUGGUCACAGUACCAGUCCCCGAAGCGAAAGCCUAAGGGAUCAAGGGAGGGGCAAGUCGGUAGGGGUCACUGUCACUUGCAAAUGCCAGAGCCAAAUGGUGAGAUCAGUUUCUGAAAUCAACUACUUCGCGUCCAGGACGCCGGGCCG